UUUGCUCGAGUCGCUGUGAGCUUCCUGGCUGACAUCAAUGGAGUGAACAGGAUAUUCAGGAUAUUUCCGCCACAGUUUGACAGACAACCGUAGCUAGUUCGUUGCUGCGUGACUGCAAGAAAGCAUCAGUGGAUUUACGAACCAAUGGCCCAGAGAAAGAACCCCAAACCCCAUGGUAAAAAAGAGGUGAAAGCACCCGUGGAGAGCAAGAAUGGGAAGAGGACGGAGGGAGGAGGCGGAGGAGGAGGUGGAGGAGGAGGAGGAGGAGGAGGAGGAGGUCCUAAACACUCCAUGUUCACCUGGUUUGUGGUCCUGGCUCUGCUGGGAGUCUGGAGCUCCGUGGCCGUGGUCUACUUCGACAUCGUGGACUACGACGGCGUCAUCGCGAGAGCUAAGGAGUUUCAUAUGAACUUUUCUGAGGUUUUGCAAGGGAAGCUGACGGCGUACGACGCCGACGGGGACGGAGACUUCGACGUGGAAGACGCCAAAGUUCUGCUCGGGCUGAAAGAGGCGGGCAGACAAGAUGCGGGACAGUCAUCUGAGGACAGAGCAGGGAGCAGUGAGCCAGAGUCUGACGCAACCAAUGAGCAGGCUGCAGAGCCGGAGGGGGCGGGGCCUGCAGAGGACACACCCCCAGACACCCCCACUGAGGAGGCUGCGCCAGAGAGCACGGCCGCGCCCGACAGCCACGACGAAGUCUCUGGAUCUCAGGAUGUGGAGUCUGACAUCCAAGCUGCCGUCCCCCUGCCUGCGUUGGUGGAAGAAGACUUUGUGCCAGAUGACCCUCGUGGCGACAGCGGCGGUCCGGACGACGAGGCAGCCGACGCCAUCGACACCACAGGAGUGCUGGUGGAGGAGCCCGCAGCGGAGCAGACAGUCGCUGAGUCUGGACAGUACAUGACGAGCUCCAAACUCACCCAGGAGGCAGACGCAGAGGCUCAGCCUGAAGCUCCAGCAGAGACAGAAACACACACCGACUCAGCCGGAGACACAGAGAGGGAGGCCCAGGGGGCAGCAGAGAGCCGAGCCGAGGACAAGCUGCAGGAGAAAGCCAAGAAGAAGAAACCUAAACUGCUGAAUAAAUUUGACAAAACCAUCAAGGCGGAGAUCGACGCCGCAGAGAAGCUGCGUAAGAAGGGGAAGGUGGAGGAGGCGCUGAGGGCGUUUGAGUCUCUGGUGCAGCAGUUUCCUCAGAGCCCGCGCGCUCGCUACGGGAAAGCCCAGGCGGAGGACGACGUGGCGGAGAAGCUGCGCAGUAACGACAUGCUGCAGCGAGCCAUCAGCAGCUACAAAGAAGCCGCCGAGCUUCCGGACGCCACGGCCGACCUGCUGAGGGCCGCGCUCAAGAGACGAGCCGAGAGGCAGCAGUUCCUCGGGCGGAUGCGUGGCUCUCUGGCGACGCUGCAGAAGUUGGUUCAGUCUUUUCCUGAAGACAUCGGCCUGAAGAACGACCUGGGCGUCGCCCACCUGUUGCUAGGAGACAACAACGGCGCCAAGAAGGUCUACGAAGAGGUUCUGGCUGUUUCCCCCGGCAACGGCUUCGCUAAAGUUCACUACGGCUUCAUCCUCAAGUCAGAGAACAAGAUAGCAGAGAGCAUACCCUACCUGAGGGAGGGUUUGGAGUCGGGCGAACCCGGGACGGAUGACGGGCGCUUUUAUUUCCACCUGGGUGACGCCCUGCAGAGGGUGGGAGACGACAGCGCGUACCAUUGGUAUGAGUUGGGUCACAAGCGCGGUCACUUUGCCUCUGUGUGGCAGAGAUCUCUGUACAACGUGGACGGACUGAAGGCUCAGCCCUGGUGGACGGCCAAGGACACCGGAUACGUGGAUCUGGUCAAGACCCUGGAGCGUAACUGGAAGGCCAUCCGGGACGAGGCGCUGGCUGUGAUGGACCGAAACACCGGGAUGUUUGUUCCGGAGGAGGAAAACCUGCGAGAGAGGGGCGAGUGGGGGCAAUACACACUGUGGCAACAAGGGAGGAAGGUUGGAGAUUCCUGUCGCAGUGUCCCAAAGACAUGCUCACUGCUGGAGAGGUAUCCUGAAGCCACCGGCUGCAAGAGAGGCCAGAUUAAGUUCUCGGUGAUGCACCCGGGGACCCACGUGUGGCCCCACACCGGCCCCACCAACUGCCGCCUCAGGCUGCACCUCGGCCUCGUCGUGCCCAAACACGGCUGCAGGAUCCGCUGCACCGACCAGACCAGGGAGUGGGAGGAGGGGAAGGUGUUGAUCUUUGACGACUCCUUUGAGCACGAGGUCUGGCAGGAGGCCGACAGCUACCGGCUCAUCUUCAUCGUGGACGUGUGGCACCCGGAGCUGACGGCCUACCAGCGCCAGACGCUGUCGCCCAUCUAGAGCCACACACACACACACACACACACCCGGCUGGCUGUCCACCAGCCUGAGGGGGACAGACUGCCAAUAACUUGCUGAUCAAUCAGCUGAUCAAUGGACUGAUCGACCUGAUCGGCUGUUCAGGAAGAAUCACCGACCGACCCACUUACCGACUGUUUUUUUGUUUCUGUGGAUCAGCGCACAUCACACUGAGGGACGGAGACAUAACAUGGAGUGUGUGUGUGUGCAUGUGUGUGUGUGUGUGUGUGUGUGUGCAUGCAUGUAUGUGUGUGUGUGUGUGUGUUUUCUGGGUAAUACUACUGAGUGUCAGCAGAGAAACUUUCUCCAGAGAAACACACCAAAGACACUCGCUUGUUUCACACACACACACACACACACACACACACACACACACACGAGCUUCAGAUCAUGUUGGAAACUCGCCUUUUAGCACAACGUCGCUCACGUGUGAAAAUCUUUAGUCUCCAAAGUGUCGAAGAACAAGCUUUGUUUUUGCAGCUCAACCACCAAGCAGCUUCCAGUCUCACCAGUGGGGUUAGAUUUUUAAAAUAUAAUCCCACUGGAUUAUAAGGAUACAGAUGAUAAGAUGCUUUUCUGUUUGUCCCAAAUUCUUUUCAAGUGUUUCUCCUCCAUCCUGCAAGACGGGAGCUGCAGUCUUUUCACCACAACCUGAAGAUGAGCAAACACCUUGUGGUGAUUUGGUAAUAAUCACGAGCGUUCCCUGAUCAAUAUUUAAAUCCAGACCCGUCCUCUGGGGUAGUGUGUGUGUUGUCUCGUCUCCUGGAUGACUCUAACACAGUGUUAGUGUCCAAACAGCUCCCAAAGUAACACCAACACACGGGAUUAGGACAGUAGAAACAACAACAACACCGGUUCCCUUUUUUUUUUUUGUGUGUGUGUAGUUACGAUUAUUUAAAUUAUUAUCGGGUCAUGUCUUGGUGUAAGGUUACGAUGCAGACGUUUCCUGCCAGAUCUACUUUCCAGCUCACACAGGAAAAUGACAAGAAAAGAGACGUUUAAUUUCUUCCAAAAAAAAAAAAAAAAAAAAUGGGUACCUGGACUUCACUUCAUAUUGUGAUGAACGUCUUUGUCACCUUGAGUCUGUCAGCGUCCCGAUGGCGGCUGAAUGUAACAGUGAGCCUUGAUUAUGGUUAUAGAUGAUGUGAAAACACAGCAUGAGUUUGUGCUGUUGGGAAGAGUUCACUUUGAAAACGCAGAAGAUCAAAGUCGGGUUUUGAGAUCUCUCACUUCCAUCGGUUGAUGAUUUAAAGACGAGACAUUCGAUUUUUUUUUUUUAUAUACAUACUUACGUACGUUGAAAACAAAAUGAUGCUCCUUGAGGUUUACAUCGUAUUUUUCUAUGCUUACGAUCGUUCAUAUUGCAGAUGUGCCUUCUUAAAAAAUACUUUUAUGGAGCACACUGAUGAUUGACUAUUCCACAUCCUUUCCUUUCAAAAAUGCCGACCAAGACGACACUGAAUUGGUAACCGACGGAACAGAUUUUCUACAGAAAUGCGUUCGUCUGCCCUCCCACACAGUUUAACACUAGAUUUUGAGUUUGUGUGUGUCUUUGUGUGUUACCUGUCUGCCUCACAUCGCUGCUAAUCACGUCGCUCUUCACCUCUCAGAGCUUCUCGGUCUGCUCACUCUCAUCUGAUUCAUUAACUCAGUGAAGCUGAAGGGAGCACGGCAGCCUCAAGGAAGAGUGACUCAAUGUUUUUUUUUUUUUCAGCGGAGGUUUCCAGAAAGCGCUCGUUACGUAUUUCUCAUUAUAACCAAGAGGCACCGCCUUGCAGAGGCUAACGAGCUAGCUUCCAGUUUGUGGUACCGUUUGGUUUGCUGACGGCAUUAAUUAGCUGUUUUUCAGUCAGUCCAACAGAGGAAAUGUUCCCUCAACUGCAUUUCUCAAGUUACCUGAACGCAGCACGUAUGAACUGUUGUGAUGCAUCAUGGGAGUGACUCAGACGAUCACACAUUCAGCCUCGCGCAGCUCCAAAUAAAGAGAGCCGAGUCACUUUGAGUUCAGAUAAAGUCUGUUCACACCAGAUCUCACGCAAACACACUCACACCUGUUCACUUUAUCAGCUCCACCUGCACAAUCUAAUCUAAUCUAAUCUAAUCCGGUCCAGCUGUUGUGCCAUAAAGUUUCCUCUCCUGCUGCCUGUAACGCUCAGGUUUUGUUUUCGUCACAGUAAUAGAGGUGUUCAUUCAGCGUCCAGUAGAAACUCUCCAUCAUGGACUCACUUCCUGCCAGCAGCUGGUUGCCAUGUUGGUUCUUAAUGUUCCUCCGGUCUGUAGCUGUUGUGGUUUGUAUCGUGUGGUUCUCUGUUCUCUGAGGCCGAGGAGAUCAACAGCUCCACGGAUGCAAAAAACCCAAAAGCUCAUUUGACUGGUCGGUCAAAAAAAAAAGAAUCUACCUGAUCUUUGGUCUGUUUCUUUUGUUUUCUUUGUUGGGUCGCUCUUUAUUUGUUGAAGACUUGCAGAGGAAACACGGCACGGCGGCUUCGUUUCCUCAACACUUUGUCCUGCCAAAUGUCUGACGCCUUUCUGAACCACCUGAAGCCCGGUCCUUUGAAGUUAGGGUUACCGCCACCCCAAAGCAUUCUGGGUUGCUCCCCUUCUUGUCGUGUUUAGUCACUCUUCACACUGACUUCACAAAUAUGCUACUGAUCAUCAAGUCUGCCUUUGACGGAUUUUAUUCCAAAACACAAAAUAUCCACAAUCCUUUUGAGGGGUAACAUUGCUCCUUGGUGAUUAAAUAUGCAGAUGAUUCUCCGUUCUCCUUUU